AUGAAAUUUGGGAGCACAAUGAAGAACUCCUAAUCCAGAAAGGUUAUUUAGCCCAAAUAACUAAUCAAAUAAAGAUCAAUCUCAACCUAACAGAUAUUUGAUAAUAAAGAUGAGAUCAAUAAAAUUGAAGCAUUUUUAACUAAUAGAGGGGUUCAAGUCAAUAAUCUUCCAUAGUUUAACUAUUAAUCAUAUCUAGACAAUCUAAGAAAAGGGGAAGAACUUGAAAAGUAAAAGAACUUUGUAAAGAAGGUGAAUUCGAAGGUAGGAUUUUCUCUACGAGAUAUAGCUUUGACAAAGCAAAAGCAAGUAUAAGAAGAGCUUUAAAGAUAGUGCUUAGAGACCGAAGAGAUGAAGGCAUAAAAGUUGAAGUAAAAAAAAGAGAAGAAUUUGAAAGACAAGGUAAAAUACUUCUUCAGACCCUAUAAUCUGCCUGUCCAUCAUUAACACUUUAUGAACUUUGAUGAAGCUCAAGAUGAAUCAGAUGAUAAAAUUAAAAAGCAAAACAAUCUGAAUAGAGCUUGGCAGUAGUUCUACUCUCUUGUUUUAAAUCACGAUAAAAAAGAAAUUGAAGAGAUGCUUUCUUAUAUCAGACAUAAUCAGGACAAGAUUCAAGAUAACUAAAAUGAAUAGGGUAUUGAUGAUUACUCAACUGACUCUGACGGUAAAAAAAAGGUGAAAAGCUAAGCUGUCCAGAAUAAAAUAUUCAAGGUGUAGAAAAGAACUAGUAAGGAUCAAUCAUAUGCCUCUAAGAGCUCUAAAAAUCUAACUCAUAGAUCCUAUGCAGACAGCUAGCUAGAUGAUGCUAGUCCAACUAGUAGGAAAAGACUCAUUAAAAAUCACGUUAACGCUUAACUAAAUAAUUUGGAAAACAUUCUAAACCCACCAUAGGUUGAAGAUAUUUUUGCAAGGCCACCUCCAAAAUCAGCAAGAGGGGCUAGAAAUCUUUAUUUCUCUGAUUUAGAUUAUGAAUAAUUAAAACAAUAAUACAAAAGGCAGGCUGAAGAUUCUGAUGGAGAGAAUACCCCAACAUCAUCUGACUCGUCAAGUAAUAAUGAUAAAAAUAAAGUAAAUAUUAUCCUCAAUAAAGGAGAUAAAGAGCCGAUUAAGCCAUAUUUCAAAAGGAUCGUGGCUAGAAAAAGUGAAAUCUAAAAUAUGAUCUUGGAGAUGAAAGAACAAGGAAUGGAUGUAAAGCAAAGCCAGCUUAAGAUGUCUAACUUUCUGUAAAAAGUUAUUGAUGAAAGAAAUAACAGGAUUACCUCAAAGUCUAAUUAUGCUUCUCAGAACUUUGAAGCGCUCUAAUGUGUGCAUGGUGGCAACUUAACAAAAAUAACAGAAGAUCCUUAACUACCAGCUACGAAUUAAGAGGAAAAGCGUCCUGGAUCUAGAGUUGUUAAGAGACUUAAAAGCAUAACAAGUAUUUCAACUCUCUAAAGAGAUGAGGAUUCACCUUAGAAGCCAUUCAAUACUUAAAGGUAAAAUAAUCAAGAGCAAAAAACGGUUUUGUUUUACAGGAAAAACAAAAUUGAACCACAAGUCAUUGAUUCUAUUAAUAAAGGGAAUAAAGAUUUGCAAAUAUUUUCUGAUAUGAAAUAGCAAUCUAUCUCUUCUCCAAACUACUUAAAAAGACCCUAGACAUGUAGAGACUCAAAUAAAAAGAAGAUGAUUUUCCAAAUUUAAGAGCCAAUUGACUUUGAAUAAUUAUUAUUUGGAUCAGAUGAGAAAUCAUCUCCUUAAGAAGAAACAUAGAAGCCAAAACUAACCCCAAGGAGACCAAUCUCUAGCUUUCCAGUUAAAAGCUACAACAAAGUUCAUUCUAAAUACUAAUAAAAACUCAAGAGAGAAAUAUCAUUGUCAAAGCUAUGUGAUUAGAUUUAAACUUCAUCUAAGGACACCAACUUAACCUCAUAACUAAGCACUAGGCCUAAUUCUUCAUCCAAAUUUUCUUUGGUGUUUAAGGAUAAGCUUAUAAUAGUGUGA